AUGUCAGACCCAGCAAACUACACCGUGGGCUGGAUUUGCGCUUUGCUCGUGGAAUACAUUGCUGCACAAGAAUUCCUCGAUGAGGAGCACGACAAACCCAGCUUUGUGUCGCCAAAUGAUACCAACGACUAUACAUUAGGCAAGAUGCACGAGCACAAUGUUGUCAUCGCCGUCUUGCCUGACGGCGAAUAUGGCACCGCUUCCGCGGCCAAUGUAGCAACAAACAUGCUGAGCACCUUCCACAAUGUUAGGAUAGGCCUUAUGGUCGGCAUCGGUGGUGGCGCACCAAGCGAAAAGCAUGACGUUCGUCUAGGCGACGUCGUGGUCAGUGCGCCUCGUGGUGGUCAGGGUGGUAUUUUCCAGUACGACUUUGGCAAGUCGAUACAAGGCCAAGGAUUUCAGCAUACGCGGUUCUUAAACCAACCACCAACUGUACUUCGCACUGCGAUGACGGGAAUACAGGCGCAAUAUAAGAGAAAGGGGCAUAAGCUCAUAGAGGCCAUUAACACUAUCCUCAACACGAACGUUCGGUUACGCAGCGAAUACGAACGUCCAGAAUCAAGUACGGAUAGGCUCUUCCAGCCCUCUAUCAAUCAUGAAUCAGAUUGCAGCGCUGCAUCCUGUGCAAAUGAUGCCUCAAACUUGGUUCUACGGCAUAAGCGGUCUGAACAUGAGGAUGAUCCUGCAAUUCACUAUGGUCUAAUUGCUUCUGCCAACCAGCUAAUUAAGGAUGCUUUGAUUCGAGAUACACUAGCGGCGGAGAAGGACGUUCUCUGUUUCGAAAUGGAAGCAGCCGGGCUGAUGAACACUUUUCCUUGUUUGGUUAUCCGGGGUAUCUGUGACUACUCGGAUUCACACAAAAACAAGAAUUGGCAGGGUUAUGCAGCGAUGGUCGCAGCUGCAUUCGCUAAAGAUCUUCUCCAGAGGAUACCUCUAAGCAGAAUUGAGGCCGAGGAGAGGAUUAGUGUCAUUUUAUCUGGUCAGUCUAAACAGUCUUAUCAUCACCGCGUAAAUAUAUAA